AUGGAGCUCUGUCGACUCCUACCACGAGUAACAGCUAGAAAGCCACUGUUGAAGACUGUCGCCCAUUAUUCGGCACGCACCAGGGUGGGGGAGGAGUCCCAUGAUUUGUUCGACUAUUCGUCAGGGAGAUGGAUGUGUGUUGAGACCACCAUCCAUGCCUUCCGACUGCAAAGUAGACGGCGCUGCUUCGAUAUUUCGGAGCUUAAACGGCUCGCUGUCCCCUCGAUACAGCAGCGAACGGAAGAUGUUGCCAAGUUUGAGAAGCUCGCAGAAGGAGGCUUCAAUCGAGCCUUUCUCAUAACCAUGCAUGAUGGCUCUCAGCUGGUUGCUCGCAUUCCCUAUCUAGUGACGGCACCAGGGGAUCUUCUCGUCGCGAGUGAGGUGGCCGCCAUGGAUUUCCUUCGCUCCCACGGUAUACCUGUUCCAAAAGUUUACGGCUACUCGACAGCGUCAACGAAUCCCGCUGGCAUGGAGUACAUCUUUAUGGAACUUAUGCGUGGUAGAAAUUUGGGAGGUGUCUGGUUUGACUCGUCGGAAAGACAGAGGAUUACCUUUCCCGCAAGCGGAAGUCUUUACUACCGUGACGAUAUUCAGAGCGAAGAGGCCGGAAUCGUCGUUCCCACUACGGACCAUUUGUCCGAUGACAGUCGUUUUUGCAUCAGACCCGACACAACGCUCCGAUUGUGGUUCGGCAAACGAUUCACGCUGCCCGUUGACCGUGGUCCCUACAAGGAUUGUUUAGCUGCGUUGAAUGCAGGCGAAAAAAAGGAGAUUUCAUAUCUGACAAAGUAUGGACACCCUAUUCAACCUUUCCAGCGUCUUCGCAGGGAGAUCUACGACUAUAAGCCCCGUUCACAUUUGGAUCACUUGAUGAAUUUGAGACAGUACCUGCAAAUCGCACCACGUUUGAUACCACACCAUGAUCCAACCCUGGCACGUCCUGUCAUGCGACACCCAGAUCUCCAACCCAAGGCUAUAUUCGUCUCUGACAAAUUCGAAAUCACUGGUUUGAUUGGCUGGAGCACUCUGCUAUCCCACACCUUCAUGUUCCCUUAUCACGAGGAGGCCCUGGGCCUUCCUUGCCGCUCUAGGUUCGCCGCAAAAAUGCUCGGCUUUUGA